CCUUGGGAACAGGACGCAGAAACUCACAGCAAAAGCAACAGACAUGACAGGCUAGAGCAAUCAGAGCCGGUGCCAGGUAUUCAGCACCACAGUAACCUCCCAAGGCAACUCGUCACAUGUACUUUCAACUUACCAUUGGAACAACAACAAAACAUCAGCUUGGAAACCAUUUUUAUCGUCGGCCCAGUCAGGAAUUGAGAAAUUGACAUCUUCUCGUACUGAAGUGAGCAUCUAAGAGCUUUUAAACCAAAUGCUUUCAUUCUGAAAAAAUCCACUGAGGUGUCUGAGAGAAACAGAUGUCUAUGUAAUGUAGAUAUUCAAGGCAGGAAGCAUUUCCGAGAUGAGUAAAGAAUCUGGGCAUUCCAGCUGUAAAGGGCGUCAGUCUGCAGGUUCUGAAUCUCCUCAGCCAUGUCCCGCUCCUGAGAGCCUCACUGUGGAGAAUGUGCAGAGGCUGGAGCGUCAGUAUGAAGCAGAUGGACGGUACAGCCCGGAGAAGGCUGUGGAGGAAUAUAUCCGGCAGACACACCUGUACUGCACACAGCAGAGAGCCAAGAGUGGGAGGACCGAGCAGCAGGAGAAAGAGGAAAGCCAGGGCAGUGUUGGAGCACAUUCCCUGUCUGGAGCCAUCCCAGUCGGAAUUGGGAAAGCCUCUGAUGGAAGCUGUGAUGCUGCUGUGGGAAGCUAUGGUACACUGACAGAUGCCACUGUAGCAAAUGCUUACAAGUUCCAGGUUUCAGACCCAAACCAGAGUGGAGCACCUUCAUCCACCAGUCACAAGAAAAUAACAUCUCCAGGUAGUGGAAGCAAAUCUACAUCUCCAGAGGAUAUUGGGGGCCAGGCACAUGACAGUAGGGAGUGUGCUACUGUGUGCUCCAAGACCCAAACCGGCAUGGACUGGACCUGGCAGCAGAAAACAGAGCCUGACAAUGGUAAUGUAAUGAAGGAAGAGUCCCAACCUGACUCUACAAAGUUGGAAAUCCAAGAAUUAGAACAUGAAAUUCAAGGACUAGUUGCCAGCCCCAGCUUCGAGUGUGAAGAUGUUCGAUUUGAAAAGCUGGUAGAAGAUGGCUUAUACCUUUUUCCAGAUAUUGGUCCGCCAAGCGUUCUUGCCUACCAUCCAGAGUCCAAGCAACUUUCACCCGAUUAUGAUGUGUCUUAUGCAGAGUCGUCUGUGGGCAGUGAUAUGGAUGUCAGUAUCUGUGAGUUCUGUCAAAUGGAGAUAAAGCCCUUUGUGACAAGGGAGCAGCUAAACACAGACCCCAGUCCAGAACAUCUGUUCUGCUGUGAAAUGUACCACAUAAUGUGGAUGGAAACACUGGAUAAAGAGGAAGCCCUCCAAGCUGCAGCAGUACAGAAGAAGAUCAACAUCCAGCCGUCCCCACCGUUCAAGAGCAAGCAGGAGAAGAUAACGGCCAAGGAGAGAGCAGCGCAAAAAAUGCGGGAAUGGGAGCUAGAAAGAUACAAGACCUCCAGUGUGAUCCAGGGACGCUUCUUCUCCUUGGGUCACCAGAUGAAAACCAUUUCCUACCGCCUGUCUGCUAUGAAGUCCCCGGAUCAAGAGGGCAUGUUUUCCACAGCUGAAGAGCAGAGCGACAUCUUUACUAUCGUACCGAGAGGACAGAAAAAGAGACAUCACAGAGUUCUUCAAAAGUUCUAUCCCAGUGGCAAAACUUUUCUCACUAUAUUCCCAGAUGGGACUGGGAACGUCUUUUAUCCAUCGGGUAGGAUUGCUAUUUUGAUCUCUUCUGUGAAUGCAGCUCUCUACACAUACAUCAUCCAGGAAGACUGUUCCAGUAAUCGCAUGCAAGCAGUCUUUACAACCAGGGGUCAGUCAACAUGCUACCAUCCCAACGGGGUAGUCAGGAUGAAUUUGCACACAUUUGGUGGGUCCAUCUCCGAUGAGAGAGGAACACAGAAGAGGAGCUGGAGUUGGCUGGACUGGAGGCAGCAUAAUCAAGCGCCUCCCUUUAAGCCCCUCUUCCUGUCUCUAAACCCACAGACUGGCAUCCAUGUCUUCUCCCAGGAACAAGUUGUUCUGACCUUUGCUGUCAAACAGAACAGUGUGAAGUUUAACAUGGGAACCCUACUAAAGCUGAAAGAUCCUUCAUUGUUACGGAAACCUUCUCUAGAUGUGCAUCACCAGGAACUCAAAGACAAAACUCUGCAGAUCUAUGGCAUUCUGGAGAAGAUCCGGACUGCUGUGAAAUACCCACAUUGUUCACAUACUGAGAAGACCCCGUCCCAGUACAACCUCACUGCUCAGGUUCAGAGACCAGAGGAGAAAGCUGCAAAAAAGCAUAAACUUCAUCCAUCUUCUAAAGCCGCCAUAAAACAGAACUGUGCAUGAAUGUACUUCUCAGGAUUAAUGACUGUUUUGUACCUUUGUCCAUUUACAUUUCUGGAUGCCAGUCAAAUAAGACUAAGACUAUCUGAACUACAAUUACUUGCAGUAUAUUUAUAUUAUACAAUACAUACUUGUAGUUUGCUGUUUUGUUUAGAAAGAAUGUUGUGAUUGGAUACCUUAUGGAAACACUUACUUGGAAAGCAGAUCAAAUCCUCUGAAAUACUUGCAGAGCUUGAAAACAGUAAGAGAAUUGUCUUCAGUAGGCAUUCCCCUACUUUUUUUUUUUUUUAAUAUAUUGUAAAAAUCCCAAUAACCAAACAAUUGGAUAGACCAUCUCAUAUCUUCUAAAUAGAAAAAAAGGAAAGAAAAGCAGCACUAAUGCAACUUUCUGCACCAGAAUCUAACAAAAAGGUUACCAUACACUGUACACCAUGACUUAACACAAAAUGAGUAUCAUAAAUAGCAGAACCGAUGACAAACGGGUGCCUCCAGUGUCUUUA